UAAUAAUGAAUAAGUAUGAAAUCAUGGGCGUAGUUGGAGAAGGAGCUUAUGGGAUAGUGUUAAAAUGUAAAAACAAGGAGACUAAUGAAUGGGGUUAGUUAUUUUUUUGUAUUUUUUAAAGUGGCUAUAAAAAAAUUUAAAGAAACAGAGGAUGAUGAAGCAGUAAAGAAAAGUAUUCAAAGAGAGGUGAAAAUGCUGAGAAUGUUAAAGCAUCCAAAUAUUAUUUAAUUGAAGGAAGCGUUUAAGAAGAAAGGCAAAAUAUUUCUAGUUUUUUAAUUCGUUGAUAGAAACCUUUUAGAAUUACUAGAGGAGAGAAGAACUUUAGAUGUAUGAUAAUAGUAGUUUAAAAUAGUAAGAUAGUAUAAAAAGAGUAAUAUUUUAAUUGGUUCUUGCAGUGCAUGCUUGUCAUUCUGUAGGAAUAGCACAUCGAGAUAUAAAGCCUGAAAAUUUACUGAUUGACAAUGAACUAAAUUUAAAGUUAUGUGAUUUUGGUUUUGCAAGAGUAAUGUAUCUCUAAUGAAUAGACAAUAUAAAGUUAAGAAUAAUUGACUGAUUAUGUGGCUACAAGAUGGUAUAGAUCUCCUGAAUUACUAAUAUCCAAUAAUUAUGGAAAAUAAGUAGAUAUAUGGGCUAUUGGUUGUAUUAUGGGAGAAUUGAUAGAUGGUUAACCAUUAUUUCCAGGUGAAAAUGAGAUGGAUUAAUUAUAUCUUAUAUAAAAGAUAAUAGGUCCAUUAACAUAAGAAUAGAUGGAGAAAUUUUAAAAGAAUUAAAGAUAUAUUGGAAUGAAGUUUCCAGAAAUUGUUAAAUCAGAAACUAUUGAAAAGAGAUAUUCUGGUAAAAUGUGUAAUAAAGGUCUUAAUUUUUUAAAAAUGUGUUUGAUUAUGGAUCCAAAUAAGAGGAUGACUUCCUUAGAGUGUUUAGAACAUCCUUAUUUAUUAGAUCUAUGGAAUAAAGAAAAUGAUGUUAGACCUAAAAGUAAUUUUUAAAGAAGAAUAAGUUGUGAAAGAGAUGAUUCUAAACCUAGUAUCAUUAAUCAAUUUGAUUUUUAUGAAUAAAAACCUAAAAAAAUUCAAGAAAAAGCCAUUCCAUAAACUAUUCAAAAUCAAUCACUUAUCUAAAAAUAAGUCUAUAAUUAUAAAAUCGGAGAUGAAAUAACUGAAGUAACCAAAGAAGCUGAUGACACAAAAUCAUAAAUGCAUAAAACAUUCAAUUAAUCAUUCAAAAUCAAAUUUAAUGAAACUCUUCCAUAAAGUAGAUUAGGCUCUGAAUAAGACAAAAGAAUUAAUAGAGUUAUUGGAUUACCAGGCUUAAAAGAAGAUCCUAAACAACAAUAAUUUUAAUAAUAGUAACAAUAGUAAUAAUAAUAAUUAUUGUAAUAAUAAUAGUAACAGUAAUAAAACAAUCUUAAUAAAUCUCCAAAUAAAAGAACAUCCAUAUAAUAACCAUCAUUCUAUGUUUAGGUACUCAUAUUUUUUAUUUCUUCAGGGAUAGUAUAAUUUGUAACCUUAAAAACUUAAUCUAGUUUAUAAUGCUAAUACUUAUAAUUAUUCAAUUAAGAAAUCGUACAUCUCAAAAAAAUGA